UCUCAACAACAUCGACAAGCACCAAUCUGCUGCUCGGCAGUCGGCGUCGCGCAACGGCGGAGUUGCACAUUGAUCACUACGCAGCGCCAUUGGCUCACUGCCUGCUCUAUUGACGCGCCUGCCGCCUGAAUUCGCUCGCGCACAACGGCCUUGAGCGUUGUCAAGGCCUUGCGCUUUCUCCCCGGCGCUGGUAAGUGCUGUUUCUCACUUCAUUUUGUCGCGUACACUACGCGCUUACUUUCGCAUAACGCGUGCUGCCUGCUACUCGACAAGACUCGUCCACCGCUACCUCGACUCAAGCACACCGUCGAUCAGAUGGGAUACUCGGAGGUCCUUUGCACCAUUUGCGGCGUGUCAUUCAAUAUUGGGCGCGUUCGACGCAAAGAUGAGCCAAAGUCGGCUGCGUGGGAUUGUUACAACGCACCAAACUCGUACCAAGAAGCAGACGUCCCCGAUGGGUUCUCAGAAUGCGGCGAGACUUCCGGCUGUACUUACUACUCUCGUAAUCUUGACAACGGCUGCUACAAAUCACCAUGGCACAAUCCUGAAGCCGAACAGGAUAGGAGUGACCCAAGUCUCGAACACAUCGCGGGGCCGGGAUGUAAGUACGAAUGCGCUUGCGGAGGCGCCUACACUGGAAACGAAAUUUCCUUCGAAGAGAUGCAAGGCUGCACGACAUUCCAAUGCCUGGUCCGGAAGAGGAACGACUGGAAACCUGCCUGUGAUGACGAGGAAUUCGAACAAGACCCCAACUUUCCCAUGUUCCUCUCGGGCCUCCAUGAUCGCAUGCCCGAACGCGAGAUUGGCUACGUAGACGCGAUGCAUCCGAUGCGGCACAACAUGCAAGAACAUAGCCCGGAUGAUGUAUUCUGGGAUGAUGAUUGGGAGCGGAAUGAUUAUUCCAGCUUGCCUUUCCAUCCUUGGUGUCUAGAGGUCUACAAACGUGCUUCCAAGACUUGGUUCGAUGGCAAAAAUGACCACAUGGUGGGACUGGUAAACUGGUGGAGACAUCGAACAUCAAAAGAGACUUUCUCAGGACGUUUCUCAUCUACCAGUCGCUCCGACGACGUUGGCCGUUUGAAUGAUCAAUGGUGGAAUCAUGAGCACGGCACAGAAUAUGCCGCCGCCAAUCCACCCUUCAUUCCGAACCUAGCAAAGGUCAUUGCAAACGCUACGGCUGCAGAGCCCGUAGACGGCAAUUCUGGGGUGUUCGAUUUACCAGCAGACACCAACCUCUCGCCCUCACCCGGUGAUGGUUUCGCAAAAUUGCCUGCAGAACUGAAGCUCGAAAUCCUCUCCUCCCUCUCGAGCGAAGACAUCUGCAAUCUCCGCCUCGUAUCCCGCAGUUUCAGACAGCUCCCCUUAAGUCUCUUUCGCGACAUGCUCGCGACGAAUCUGAACUUCUUCUGGGAAGCUUCGCCUGCCAAGGAUCAGACACCUUAUCCUUUUCUGGCCACGACAACAGCGCAGAAAUUCGUUGACAGUCCUCCAGACAGUCGAAACCCCGUACCGGUGCCGAAUCUGUUGGACACCUCAAACACGAACUGGUACAAGUUGUACUACAGCCUUCGACGCGGAAUGCGCAAUGGCGAGCUCAAGGGUUUGGCGAACAGGAAUCGGAUCUGGAAUGACUGUCAGUCAAUUCUGGAGUCAAUCGUGAAACACUGGGACGAAUGGCAGAGUGAGAGAGACUGAGUGUGAGAAUCUGUGGAAACACCGCAGUACCCCAUCAAGAAGCCCUCGGCACCGCCCCAUUACACAUCUCCUCUGUCGCCUUCACCUCAAUGUCCUGUGCUGCAACGCCAGCACCGAAUUCCCGCACAGUCGCACUCCCCAACUCCUCAUAUGGCUUCCAUCCUACACUCGCCAGUCCGUUCACCGGGUCAUUUGCGAAAGCCACCCAAGCAUCUUGCAUAGCAUGACUGGUCUGAUACUCCAGUUCCGUGCUGUUGCCGCGAUAAUUGGGAUGUGUUCCAAAGAUCAACGGCAACUCAGCUGAGUGCCAAGCACCCAUCCAGCCUCUCGGAGAGAUGUUGGUGAAGUUCCCGCUGUAUAGGUAACGGUAUGUCAAAAGAUCGGUCUCUUGUCGGAGUCUGGUCGUCUCUGUCGCGGGACAGAAGAAUGCUGCCAGUGUGACACCAUUCGCUGUCGCAACAUUGACUCCAUCGGGAUUGUAGGGUGCAAAUGGCACCCCGUCUUGGGCGUUAGUUCCGAUAAUGGCAGGCUAGGA